AUGGCACCCUACGAAGCAUUGUACGGUAGGAGGUGCAGAAGCCCAUUAUGUUGGAAUGAUUUUCGAGAAGAUGGCAUUGUGGGUCCAGAUAUGAUUCAAGAAUCGAGGGAACAAGUUAAAGUGAUUCAAGAAAAGAUGAAAACAGCUCAGGAUCGACAAAAGUCUUAUGCAGAUCAACGGCGACGACUAGUAGAAUUCGAGACUGGAGAAAAAGUAUUCUUAAGAGUAUCACCGAUGAAGGGGGUGAUGAGAUUUGGAAAGAAAGGCAAGUUGAGUCCAAAGUAUAUUGGCCCAUAUGAGAUCAUUGAGCGAAUUGGUGAAGUGUCAUACAGACUAGCUCUUCCAAAGGAAUUGGAGAAUGUACACGAUGUUUUCCACGUAUCUCAACUCGGAAAUUAUAUAUCAGAUCCUUUGUACAAGCUUCAGCCUGAGUCUAUCAAGAUAGAUCAGAAUCUCACAUAUGAAGAACGUCCUGUAGGAAUUCUUGAUAGAAGUGAAAGAAUUUUGAGAAAUAAGUCAAUCAAACGAGUUAAAGUUUUGUGGAGGAGUCAAAAGGUAGAAGAAGCAACAUGGGAGGUAGAAGACGAUAUGCGCAAUAAAUACCCGUUUUUAUUUGAAGAGGGUACACAAUUAAGUUUCGGGGACGAAACUUUUCUUUUAGGGAGAGGUAAGAGUUAG